AAUUAAACAUUCCCUUUUCUAAAUUCCACCAAGCAAAUGCGAAAGCACGAAACUUUGCUCCUUACGAAAUCAAAUGUUCCAGAUUUCAAUUUUCCCAAAUUUUGAUUUCUAAUAGGAAAGAGGAACCCUAUUUCUAUUUUAGCCCCAAAUCAGGAAACCCUAAUUCUAUUAAUGGCUGAAUUGCUCUCGGGAUUUUCUGAAUCGCAGUUUUUUCUCGUCUCCGACCAAUUCGAUUUUGCCCAUCUCGUCAGAUUUUCUUCUCUUUGGCAGCGCUCUUCUCCUCCUUUUCCUCCUUCUAAGAUUUUCAGUCGCCCUUGUAAAUUUUUCUGACGGAGAAAGCGCACUAGGGAUUUAGAAAGUAUAGUAGGGAUCCCCCAUACGACUCACAGUUAUGGGGAAACGUAGUUCUCAGCGUAAGAAUGCUGCGAUGAUGGACAGCGAUGAUGAUAAUAGUAGCAUGAGUUCAACGUCAACUAUGCGCUCCGAUCAUAUAUCGGUGUCUGUGAAUGAAGAUAUGCAAGUGGAUAGGGAUGGUUUACUCGACCAAGCUGUAGAUGCUUUGUAUGAGAAGAGGGGUUCCACAAGAGAAAAAGCUUUGUCAGCAAUUAUUGACGCGUUUAAUAGCAACUUGCAACAUCAGUUUGUGGAAAAGAAGUUUGCAACAUUAUUGCAUCAGUGUCUGAAUUGCAUAAAAAAGGGUUCCUCAAAAGAGAUAUGUUUGGCGUCUCAUGUGAUCGGACUAUUGGCUUUGACUGUUGGAUGUGGAGACAAUGCUCAGGAAAUACUGGAAGAAUCAGUACCUGUGAUUUCACAGGCUUUCAAAUCAGGAUCUGAAGUUUCAAAGACAUCAGCGUUACUCGAGUGUUUAGCUAUUAUCACUUUUGUUGGUGGUAGUGACCCAGAGCAAACAGAAAAGUCAAUGCAAAUUAUGUGGCAAGUAGUUCAUCCAAAACAGAGUUCCAAUGUGAUUGCAGUUAAACUUUCAGCAGCAGUAAUAACCACCAUGGUGUCUGCGUGGUCCUUUCUUCUUACAACUGUAGAGGGGUGGAAUCUUAAUCCGAAAGACUGGCAAGAGUCCAUAACAUACUUAUCUAGUCUGCUAGAUAAGGAUGACCGGUCUAUACGUAUAGCUGCUGGUGAAGCUUUGGCUUUAAUUUUUGAGAUUGGAAGUUUAGAGAAGUUCACUGCUGGCACUAAAACAUCAAGUGACAGCUCAACUGAAGUAGGAAACAAACCUCGGGAAUAUGUACAUAUACAAGGAUUGAAAGCGAAGAUUAUUAAUCAAGCCAGAAACCUCUCAGCCGAAGCAGGUGGCAAAAGUUCUGCUAAAAAAGAUCUUAGUAGUCAGCGGAACACGUUUCGGGAUAUCUUGGAAUAUUUUGAGGAUGGUUAUUCUCCUGAAAUUUCGAUAAAGAUUGGUGGUGAAUCACUACAGACAUCAACGUGGUCGCAGAUGAUACAGUUGAACUUUUUGAAGCGUUUUCUUGGAGGAGGUUUUAUCAAGCACAUGCAGGAAAAUGAACUCCUCCAGGAUGUUCUUGGCUUCAAUCCAAAGAAAAAGAAUCUUUUGGAUUCUGAACAUCGUCUAUCUGGUAGUGAAAAGAGGAUGUUUAAGUCACCGAACUCGGUACAAAACAAAGCCAGGACCCAGCUGCUUAACAAGCAGCGAAUGUUCUCCGAGGGUAAAAAUAUCGGCCGCUUUGCAGCUAAUUUGGGGGACGAUGCGUAAGAAAAAUUCACGUGCUUAUCUUAUCGGUUUUGCCCGAAUCAUGCUGGGUUUUAGUUGACGAAUUUCAAACAAUCUUAUUUCAUUUUGUAGUAACGUAAUUGAUGGUGGUUGGAUAUGGCUAUCAGUCAUUUGCUACAUUAGAAAAUUUCGAUGAAGAAAAUUUUGUAAUUCCAUAUGGAGUUUGUUA